UGCAUUCAGUUGCGUUCGAGUGAUUGCACGUUGUUAACGUAUUUUGCGCGCUAAUUCGUAGUGGAUUACAAUAGAACUGAGUGCGGUAAUCCGAAGGUGACAUCGGAAUGAUUUUGGGUGUGUUGGUAAUUUUUGGGGCCGUUGGCCUAACUGUUUACCUGUAUCAAAAGUUCUUUUGGGCGAUUUAUUAUGCUGCCAAAAUCGGCGGUCCCCCAGGUUAUCCACUGCUCGGCAAUGCGCUGUUAUUCGUCAACAAGUCUCCACCGGAGUUUUUCCUUGCCCUUCAGAACACAAUCAAAAAGGCGGGAAAAUGUUUCCGCCUCUGGCUCGGACCGGAACUGUUAUUCAUCGUCACCGACGUAGAGGUCGCCGAGGCAAUUCUAAGCAGUCCGAAAUAUAUCGAGAAGUCUGGCGAGUAUGACUUUAUUCGACCAUGGCUAGGCGAAGGGUUGUUAACCAGCAGCAACCGAAAAUGGUUUACCAAUCGAAAGAUCAUCACUCCGACUUUUCAUUUCAAAAUUUUGGAGCAGUUUGUGGAGAUUUUCGACCAGCAAAGCAACAUUUUCAUCGAUCAGUUGCGACCAAAGGCAGAAACUGGCGAGUGUUUCGAUGUUUUUCCACUGGUAACUUUGUGUGCGUUGGAUGUCAUUUGUGAAUCUGCUAUGGGGACUAAGGUGGACGCUCAGAUUCGUUCAGAUUCGGACUACGUGAAGGCUGUUAAAGAAAUAACUUACAUAAUCCAUCUACGAACGUACGAUGUGAUGAAUCGUUACAAUGUACUGUUCAACUUAUCCUCCUAUCGACGUAGACAAGAUAAAGCACUUAAGAUCCUGCAUGGAUACACCGACAGUGUGAUCCGGUCACGGCGGCAAGUCCUUUCGCAGCAAAACGCCGCCGAAGCAGUAGUACCAGAGCGGCGUGAAUCCGACGUUGGACUUCGUAAAAAGGUUGCUUUUCUCGAUAUGCUUCUGCAAGCUACGGUUGACGGACGGCCGCUAACGGAUUUGGAAAUCCGCGAGGAGGUGGACACCUUUAUGUUUGAAGGUCACGAUACAACUACAUCAGCCAUUAGUUUCUUGCUAUAUCGUUUGGCCAAACAUCCCGAUGUUCAACAGAAGGUGUAUGAAGAAAUCAUCUCCGUAGUUGGAGACGACCAUAAUCGACCCGUGAAUCUUUCGCAACUAAAUGAAUUGCACUAUCUGGAUUUGGUGAUCAAGGAGACGCUACGGCUGUAUCCUUCAGUACCUUUCUUCGGUAGGAAGCUUCUAGAAAAUAGUGACAUAGCGGGCAUAACCUUCCCAGCUGAAGCGAGCAUAAUAAUAUUGCCUUUCUUCAUGGGUCGUGACGCAGACUAUUUUGAGGAACCUCUGCAGUUUCGACCGGAGCGUUUCGCUUCGGAAACGUCAGCCGAAAAGAGUAAUCCUUACCGGUACAUUCCUUUUAGUGCUGGACCACGAAAUUGUAUAGGACAAAAGUUCGCUCUGGCAGAGAUUAAGAGCUUAACUAGUAAAAUUUUAAGGCACUAUAAGGUUUUACCACCGCAGCAGGACCAACAACGGGAGGAAUCGUUUAUUGCGGAAAUGAUACUGCGACCAACAUAUGGCAUUCCGAUACGGUUGCAGGACCGGCGGUGAUAGCAUUGUUGCGUUUGCUGUGUAAUAAUGCUUUUUGAUUAACUGAGCUUGAAAAUACAGGAAUUGUAGUAAUCCUAAUUACACUUACAAAAAUAUUUUACCUAUAAAGUACAAUAUAUACAAGAAAGGUCAAAGGGCCAAAGUAGCUUAGACAGCCGGCGGUUACUUCACAAACUCUUCGCAUGGAAGGUUGUCAACGUACUUCACAACUGUGUAAUCAUCUCAUAAACGUUCUUCAACAACACAACUUUGAAAAUUACGUAAACGAGGGAAGUAAAGUGUGCAAUAAAGACAAAGAUUCCUUUCUUGAUAUUCCUUUCGACCGGACAACAGAUAGCGCAAGCUAGCGUAUAAGUAACUAUGAAUUUUCUGAAUGACACGCGAUAAUUUCUGGUCUAAAUCCAACGACUUAGCAACUUAGUAAACAAACAAUUUUUGCCAGUUCAUUCUAAAUCCGUACACAUCCAUCCCGUAUACAUGCAUGUUGCCUUCAGUUUGUUCAAUUACAGCAUCAUCUACGUACACGCCCCACGAGAAGAAGAUCCUACGACGAGAAAAAAUGGACGCGAAAAUCGUCAUUAAGGGCAUAAACGGUCGAAUAGAACGGAUGAUUGAAGCGAACAACCUAAUUGUCUUGUCAUAUUGAACGAUAACGACCAAUGACAUGUAAAGUUUGCAGACUUAUUGUGGUCUGGUAGUCCAAAGAGCCUGCGAAGUCUGUUGAUAAACAAGGAUCAAGUUUCAAGAUAAACAAGUAUCAAGACAUAGCCCGAUGAACAAAAUGUCUCCAAAUAAUUUAGUUGUAGGUUGAGGCUUUCCAAUUACUUGGACAGUGUGUAUUCGCCGCCAGAUCUCGCUGGUCUAACCAUCUUGCUCGCUGUCUUCCUGGUCGUCUUAUUCCUGCCGAAUUAAAAGUAAACAACAUCUGCGCAUGAUAAUUGUCCAGUAUUCUUAAAACAUGCCCUGUGCAUCGUCUAGCCACCUUUUUAAAACUUGGUUCGUCAUAGAGUAGAGCGAGCUCAUGGUUCAUCCCUCGCCUCCAUACUCCGUUCUUUUGCUACGCCAUCGAAGAUCAUUCUUAGCGCUCGUCUGUCGAAAGCUCCCGAGCACUCGUGGGGCUUCCUCCUGUAUCCGUAACAAAUUCGCUAUUGCAGAAACAUAUUUUUAUCCUCACCUUAAAUGAUCUCAUUGAGAAAAUGGUAUAGAAUCGGAUCCGUAUUCGUGGAAAACAAAUGAAGCGUGCCAUUAGGUGGAGGACAUGACAUAAAGAUAACCAUCGGAAAUACAAAUGCACUGGUCGGAAGCCAAGAGUUCUUGCGUCCCGUUAUUGGAAGAGAAGGCUUCCAUCGUACCACAAACGACAAUGACCUAAGGCUAAUCAAUUUCGCUGCAGUCAAAGGACUGGCUAUCUGUAAUACCCAUUUUGCAUAACGGAGCAAUCGGAAGCACACAUGGAACCAUCCUAUUAGACAGGUCUGCUCUUCGAUUGACCACGUUCUGGUUGAUGGCCGGCACUUUUCUGAUGUCGCAGAUGUGCGUUUCUUCCGGGAUACGAUUAGUAUUAGUACUAUAGCGCGAGAAUCGAGAAGUGUUGGGUACUACUGCUGCAGCCAUUUCCAGUGAGUCGUCUGACACAGAGUGUCAACGAGUGACUGACGAGAAGAAUCGAGGCAGAGUUUACGUGUUGGCUGCAACUGCGAUGCGCCAGAGCAGAGAGAGGUACCAAUAUACUCUAGCAUCUAGUAGCUGCCGAAAGGAGACUUCACCAUCGUAAGAAACGCACUGAGAUCGUGUUCUUGUGGAGGCGGAAAAUUACUUCGAGAGAUUUUUUAUUCAUCACGCCGAAGUGUUUCUUGGCUGUCAACAGGGCCUUCUACGAUUUAUGUAGCCAGCUGAGAUCUCGUAACCUGCAACUCCGCACAAAACUCGCGCUCUAUAAGAUCCUGACUCUCCCGGCCACGAAGCGUGAAUGUUAAAAGAGAUCGACCGACGAGCUCUUGGCGGCAUAUUAGACGAAGGAGUGUGGCUCAGGCGCAUGAAUCAUGAAAUAUACCAAGAAUACAAAGUCGUGGAUAUUAAGCGACUAAAACACGGUAGGCUCAUUGGGCCGGCCACGUAACAAGGAUGUCGGAUGAAAGACCAGCGAGAACAAUAUUUAGCAGAGAACUCGACAGAGAACCGAUUCUUGGCAGAUCCUGUACCCGUUGAAUUAGCGCUGUUGAUGUGGAUGAUGGGGCGACUGGAGAGCGGCAGUCCAAGACCAAGAAACGUAGAGACGGCUCCUGAAUUCGGUACGUACCGUCAUCCGGGGCGAGAUUGUGCCAAAAAAGCAUAUUGUAAACCGAUAACAAGUUGGUGCUACCGGUCCUAUUUGAGAGAAGAGAGUGAUGAUCAAGUUACCAACACAUAUAAU